UUACUAUCUCGUUCCACUCACGCCGAUCCAUUGUCAAAGGAAAGCCUAUGUGUUUUCCAGUUACACGACAAAUCUAACUGUUGGUUUAGGCCAGCGUCCGUGUUCCGAAUGCCGAUACAGAGCCGUUGCGUUUGAAGAGGGCGGAGGAAUAAGCAAGAGUCCAUACGAUACAACUUGUCACAGUGGUUUAGGGCUUUGGGGAUUAGGGUUUUUGGCGAUGUGGCGGAGAUCGAGCUGUAGAUGGAACAUCCGCGGUUUUUCCACGGCCAUUCGGCGUCGUAUGGUAGAAGAUGAGGGCGACUGGUGCUACUCUUCCGAGUGGUGGGCCCCCGACCCCGACGGCCACACCGUCUUCCGUUCAGCUUCCGACCGAGGAAACGGCGUCGUCUCCGUUGUCGCCUUUCCUUCCUCCAGACCAAAUGCAGUUUAUUGGCCGGGGACAGAGAAAUGGCUUCAGCAGAGGUAUGCAAUGGUAAAUCCAGGUUCCGGUCAGAGUGAGCAGUUUAGGAUACUGGGUUAUCAAUGGCGGGUGCUUCGAUUUAAUGACGAUACUCGUCAGAGCACGGUUAAAAUAAUGGCUGUUGACAGGGAAUCGAAUCCUGGCUCUGUAUUCAUUAUGCCACAGGCACACUGCCUGGCUGUUCCUUAUCUGAGGAGUGUUGUAUCAGCUGGCUUUGCUACAUUAGCAGCUUGUAAUUAUGAACUCAUGGCUGCUGUACGUGGUGAGAAAACGUUGCGUGUUUUAUGUAUCGGUCAUGGUGGAGGAAGUCUACCAUUAUUCUUGGCUAGUAAAAUUCAAGGUGCCGUUGUCCACACAGUGGAAAUUGAUCCCCUGGUCAUCUCAGCUUCAGUUCAAGCAAUGGGUUUCCCAAGUUUCUCAAUCAUUACAUCAUCAGGCAAGCGUGCACUCUCAAAGCCCGACAUGAUUAAUGAAGCACUGUGGAGAGGCACUCAUGAGAGGCUCUUCCUUCAUGAAUCUGAUGCCGAGGAUUUCGUCGUCAAGUCAACUGAUCUUUAUGACAUGGUCUUUAUUGACGCUUAUGAUGGUGAUGACAUUUUCCCUCGCAAGCUUUGGGACCCGGAUUCCCCAUUUCUUAGAUCUCUUGGUAAUCGGCUUCACCCCAAGCAUGGUACUGUUGUUGUGAACCUUCACUCAGAUUAUGACAUAUCAAAUGCAGAUCAGUCCAUUCCAUCUGAUCUUCAAUCGGUUCUGCCAAUGGGAAAAUAUGUGUCUGCAGUUUGCAGGGCAUACAAGGAUGUGCUUCUGGGAAAGGGUCCUAACAGCCAUGAGAAAUCAGGCCAUGGUUUGGGAUUUACUGUUUCAGUACCUUAUGUGUGUAAUGCCUCGCUUGUUGUGUCUAGGGGGUUUGGGUUAAGUGCUAGGAUUUCAGAGAGGGAAUUGGUUAUGAGCACACUUGUGUCAAAAUCCCUUGAAGUGGAGAAGACUCUAAACCUGCCAUUCUCAUGUUUGGAGUAUAUAAAAAGAGGUUUUAUUCUUAUUGAUUAAUCUUUUGGAGCAGUGGUGAUUAAAUCAUAAUCACUGCCGUAAUUUCCAUUCUAAACUGAAUUACCUUUAUGUUUGGGAGAACAGAUUUGAGACCUUGAAUUUAGAUUUGUGUAGAUUUAGAAAAAAAUAUAGUAUAAAAUUGUAUUAAUGUUCUUUUAAACUCUUGCAAAUUCAAUUUCAAAUCUCAAAAUCCAUGUUUCUUGACACUA